ACUGCCUCCCGGGCUAGAGAGAAAACAGUGGCGUAGUUUCCGUUUCCACCUCUUCUUCCGGUCCUUGAGGUCGCCGCGCCGGCUGGGCCUUUUCCUCCAACCCUGGUGUGGACGGCGAAAGAAGUCAUGGCGAUGUUUGAGCAGAUGAGAGCGAACGUGGGCAAGUUGCUCAAGGGUAUCGACAGGUACAAUCCUGAGAAUCUGGCCACCCUGGAACGCUAUGUGGAGACACAGGCCAAGGAGAAUGCCUAUGAUCUAGAAGCCAACCUGGCUGUCCUGAAGCUAUACCAGUUCAACCCAGCCUUCUUUCAGACCACAGUCACUGCCCAGAUCCUGCUAAAGGCCCUCACCAACCUGCCCCACACUGACUUCACGCUGUGCAAGUGCAUGAUUGACCAAGCACAUCAAGAAGAACGGCCAAUAAGACAGAUUUUGUACCUUGGAGACCUGCUGGAGACCUGCCACUUCCAGGCCUUCUGGCAAGCCCUGGAUGAAAACAUGGACCUCUUGGAAGGUAUAACUGGUUUUGAAGACUCUGUCCGGAAAUUUAUCUGCCAUGUUGUGGGCAUCACUUACCAGCAUAUCGAUCGCUGGCUGUUGGCCGAGAUGCUCGGGGAUCUGACUGGCCCCCCGUUCCGGGUUGGGGUAGCUGAAGCCUCUGUGCUGCCCGUGUCACCUGCAGAAAGCCAGCUAAAGAUGUGGAUGAGCAAGUACGGCUGGAGUGCGGAUGAGUCAGGCCAGAUCUUCAUCUGUAGCCAGGAAGAGAGCAUUAAGCCCAAGAACAUCGUGGAGAAGAUCGACUUUGACAGUGUGUCCAGCAUCAUGGCCUCCUCCCAGUAACUGCAGGAGUUUAAUAAAGAUUUGUUAAUUUA